UACGCAUCACAAUUAGACACUAUCAGAUAGGUCAAAAUAUAGCACAAAACAUUGAACUUCAAACUCUUACCUUCUUUUUUCUUUUCUUUUUUUGUUUAUGACUUGACAAUAACAACAGCCGCUAGAUGAAGUUGAAGGGCAAAGUAGCACUGAUUUCUGGAGGCGCCAGAGGUCUUGGUAGAGCAUAUGCAGAAGCAAUAUUAAAGGCUAGCGGGAAGGUAUGUUUAUGUGAUAUAGAUUCAGAAGAAGGAUUUAAAACUCUGAACAAAUUUCAGAAAACCUUUGGUAAUGACAAUGUAAUGUUUGUAAAAUGUGAUGUUACAGACCAUGAUAGUUUUGAAAAUGUAUUUAAGCAAGCAAAAAGAAAAUUUGGUGUAUUAGAUAUUGUGGUAAAUAAUGCAGGGCUUCUUACAGAAGAUAAUGUGAGAAAAACAAUGAUGGUUAAUUCAAUAGGUGUCAUAGAGGGGACACAGUUAGCUACACACUAUUUAAGUAAGGAAUCUGGAGGACAAGGAGGGGUUGUAGUCAAUAUUUCUUCUACUGCAGGUUUAACUCCAGUAUUCUACAUGCCAAUUUAUGUAGCUUCUAAAUAUAGUAUUGUAGGAUAUACAAGGAGUGUUGCUCAAAAUCCUGCCAACAAAGAAAGAGGGAUGAGAUAUACUUGUUUAUGUCCAGCCUUUACUGAUACCACCAUGUUUGAUAAGAAAUGGUCAGAUGAGGGUGAAGGACCACCACCAGGGGUCAGUGAAGAGGAGAAAAAAGGGGCUCUACACCUGAUAGAGGCAACAGGGGUUAAUACAGUAGAGGAAGUGGUCAAAGGAUUUAUGACCUUACUUGAAGUUGAUGACAAUAAUGGUGCUGUGAUGACAGUUACGAAAAAACAUGGUGUUCAGUAUCGUCAUGGGAAACCAUUGAGCCAUAAAUUAUAACUUGAAAACCAGAAUAUUUUAAUCAGAUGAACUACUUAACUGCCUUACUGAUUGUAUCUUUAAUUCAUUUGAUAUUUUAUUUGCAAACUAAGUGUUCAGACUAGACUACUCAAUAUAUUAUUAAGGUUUUACAUGAAGAUACAGCACUUUUGGUGUCUUAUGGCAGUCCAUAAAAAGUGUUCAAUUGUAAGAGUUCAAUUAGGUCUCUGGUGUUUCUGAUUGGACUCCAUAAUCAGUUGCUUGUUAAACUGUGGAUUUAAAGUUUCUACUGCUAAAGUUGGAACAUUUUUAGGUUUUUGGGAUACACAAAAUAUGGUACUGAAUACAUUGUUUAAGUUUCAGCUGCCAGAUUUUAUGAAUCUAGUAACUUUUUUAAGAAAUCAUCAGGAUUUUCAAUGAAAUACAUGCCCAAGUGAGAAUAAUUUCAAAGAAUGCCACUUACACAUUUGGAUCAACAUGAACAAUACAGCAAUUCUAUGAUAAUAUUCAUACAUGAUUAUCCCCUUUUAGUGAUGCUAAGUACAUCAUUAUCCUGUAAUAAUGAAUACUAAGGAUGCUUAUUAUUCUCGGAAAUUGCAGCACUAGUUUAAGAGGAAGUUCACAUUGUUUUCUUAGACUACAGUGGAUUCAUUAAUAUUCGUUAGAUACCAAUUUUCUUUGAUUUCCUGGGUACAGGGGAACCACAAAUUCAAAUGUUCUACGAAUAUUAAAUAUUUUUUCCAAUGGAAAGUGUGCGCACUUUGCAAAAAUCACGAAAUUGAAUAUCCACGUAGAUGCAAGUUUUCUUCAAACCAUGAAAAUUGGUACACACGAACAUAAAUUAAUCUACAGUAUCUUAAAUUUGUAUAUAUGCAUAAUUGGUUUGGUAGGAAACACAGGUACUGUCCCUGUCUGCCACAAAUAAGGUUGGAUGUCAUUUUAUUUUGCUAGUUUUUUAAUGUUUUGUGAUAAAUUGUAAUUAAAAAUUAAAUAUGUAUUUUUUAUAAAAAGGAGAAGGUAGGAUAUAAGUUCUUUGUUUUCUCUUUUGUUAGAUUAAAAAAUUGAAAGGAUAGAUUUAUAGACUACUUAUGAUACCAGUAAUAUCAUUGUAAUAAUAAAAUGAAGUAUUUCUUUUCUGUUUUCAUAAAAAUGUAAUAGCUUUUGUCCAUAUUUAGUUAAAAGGUACUUGGAGCAAGCUGGACUUUUUUUGAAUGAAAUUUCUGAUAAGUGUAUGUGGAACUUGCUGACAAUAUGGGUCUUAUUUUACCCAAAUUUACAUUACCAUUAUAUUUCAUAGGAUACCUUUUUGUAAGAAUUUCCUUGAAUUUUAAGGGUAUUGGUGCAUGAUAAAAUAUUUUUCGGUAUCCACAAAAAUAAAAUUUUAACCAAUCCACAAAAAUAAAUGAAUCCACAUUGUUUUGAAAUAACUGAGCUUUAAAAGAAAUCCUAUUCUACCUUUUCCUAUUAUUUUUGGUUGAUUUUAUCUAGAUAUAUUUGUUAAU